AUGGGCUGCGUACCUUCUUCCCCCGCCGAUAACGAGGCAAAGGCUCGCAACGACGAGAUUGAAAAUCAACUCAAGCGCGACAGACUCCAGGCAAAGAAUGAGAUCAAGAUGCUCCUGCUUGGUGCCGGAGAGUCCGGCAAGUCGACAGUCCUCAAGCAAAUGAAACUCAUUCAUCACGGCGGAUACAACGACCAGGAGCGCGACUCGUACAAGGAGAUUAUCUUCUCCAACACGACCCAGUCCAUGCGCGCAAUCCUCGAUGCGCUCCCCACUCUCGAAAUUGCUCUCUCUCCGCAAAACGAGGGUCGCCGCGCAGUCAUUCUCGGUCUCCCCGUCCAACUCGAGACCGACACCCUCCCACCGGCUGUGGCCGACGCCAUCCGCGGUCUUUGGCAAGACCACGGUGUCCAAGAGGCCGUUCGUCGUGCCCGCGAGUUCCAGCUCAACGAUUCUGCAACCUACUACUUCAACUCUAUUGACCGGAUGUCAGCCCCCGGCUACAUCCCCACGGACCAGGACAUUUUGCGUUCGCGUGUCAAGACGACGGGUAUCACAGAGACCAUGUUCCGGGUUGGCGAGCUCACCUAUCGCUUGUUCGACGUCGGAGGACAGAGGAGCGAGCGAAAGAAGUGGAUCCAUUGCUUCGAGAAUGUGACUGCACUCGUGUUCCUGGUUGCACUCUCCGAGUACGAUCAGAUGCUAUAUGAGGACGAAUCGGUGAACCGAAUGCAAGAGGCUCUCACGCUCUUCGACUCGAUUUGCAACUCUCGCUGGUUCGUCAAGACGUCGAUCAUCCUCUUCCUCAACAAGAUCGAUCUCUUCCAAGAAAAGUUGGCCUAUUCGCCUCUUGGAAACUACUUCCCAGACUAUUCCGGAAACUCGUAUGACGAAGCUUGUGACUUCUUGUUGCACAAGUUUGUUUCCUUGAACCAGUCGGCUGCCUCUAAGCAAAUCUAUGCGCACUACACCUGUGCAACCGAUACGCAGCAGAUCAAAUUCGUCUUGAGCGCCAUUCAAGACAUUUUGCUGCAAUUGCACCUCAGGGAGUGCGGCUUGCUCUAA